AUGUACUUACCAGCAGAUUUGUCCAGAUAUAAUAAAGUGCCGCCGAACCAGUUUCAAAAUGUGCUCAGUAACAGCAUCCUCCCUAUCCAGUCCACAGAUCCCAAUUGCUUGUUCAAGCUACAAGAAGAACAGUUUAGCUUUGAUCAUCUAGACGGCACUUUUGUUCCUGAUAUUGCAAUUCGUAUAUCACGUACACCGUUAAACUCGAGUGAUCCUAGUACUUACGCAUCAUUAUCUAAAUUUGUUGAACAAAACCUGAGAAAAUAUCAUACAACCCUUGGAAACAUCAAUCAAAAUCAACUGACAAAUCCCUUGUCCAGGCCUCCUGAACAAACAGGUGUCCAGCCUGAUGGCAAGGCAGAAAUUUUGCCAAUUGGCUAUGGUAUAAACCCCUUAGUUGCAGACUCAUUUAAAAACGUCCAUUUGACUCCUGGCUGUUUUGCAGACAUAAUCAACUUUGAUAGGUCAAGCUCCAAUAAUAACGAAAAGAGACCGUCUAAUCCCACCACUGCACGUUUAUGGGGUAAGCAGAAGCCUCUGAAAACUGAUACAGCAGUUGCCUCUGAUGAUCUGAAAUCCCCCAAAAGCAACUUGUCUCGUUCUACCUCAAACUUCAUAUCAAAAGUUUCAACGGCAGACAACUACAAUCGAAAAUACUCCAACGCAUCUUCCAUAUUGGUAGGGUGUCACGGCCGAAUCAUUAACCUCAUUUCAUUGGAAGAUGAUCCCAAGGAAAUUGACGUGGAGAUUCCACUGCUUAAAGUUGUAUUUUCCUCGAGCAUCAUAACUGCGUUUUCCUGUUUUCACUAUACAACGACUUCGGGAGAGAGCAAUUUGGACGUUCUUGUUGCCUUUGCGUCAGGUGACAUCUUUUGGCUAAGCUUUCCAAAGCUGAAAUAUUCCAGAUGGAAUAAGAAUGCCAAAUUGAAAAAUAAACCUGUCUUGUCUUUGCAAUGGUCACAGUGUGGUAAUUUUGCCGUCGUCGGUUUUGCAGACGGUGAGGUCAUGGUAUUUCAUAGAGAAUUUGAGGACGCAGAAAUCUAUGAAGAGACUAAAAGUGUUUCUCAAAAAUCCAGGCACAUGACUAUAAUGAAGGCUCUCAACUCACAACAAACAGGAUCAAAUCCGGUAUCUCAUUACAAAUUUUCCUACAAAGCGAUCACGAAACUCAAGUAUCAUCCUACUUUUCCAAAUAUCUGGACAAUCGCAAGUGAUGAUGGAUUUGUCCGUCUUUUUGAUUUCUUUUCUGAAGUUAUAACAGACAUCGUACCAUCAUACUAUGGAGGCAUUCUUGACAUGGAUAUCACGAGGGAUGGAAGAUAUAUGAUUUGUGGGGGUGAAGAUGAUUUUGCUUCUAUUUAUGAGUUUUCAAUUUUGGGUGGGGCUAAUGCUCACGGCUUAUUGAAAUUGGUAGCACGACUUGAAGGCGCAAAAUCUUGGGUUCGUGGUUUGUGCGUUGACUAUUUCAAAACAACGCCUGGAGUUCUUUAUCGUAUUGGAACUGUGGGAGAUGAUGAAACGAUUAGAUUCUACGAGUUCCAGCCUCGAAACUUGCCGAAGGCUAGAAGAUUGAAGAAUGACAAGAUCAAGCUUUCCAUCAAUCAGAAGCAAAAGUCAAAUUUAACGCUAAAUUCUGGAAGCAAUACUAGUAUGAAGCAUUUAUUAACUUCGGAAAGCAUCAAGAAAAGCUGGCUACAGAAUUCACGUUCUUACACUCAGACCGAAUCAGUCUCGUCGCUAACGUCUUCAACUCAGUUGCAGCAACUGUCCUUAUAUGAGAUAAUAAAUCAAGAUCAAGCUGAAGGCUCGAGAAAAGGAGAGCAGCAGCCUGGUACUUCAAAAGCAAGACAUGUGCUAUUCAAAAACCUCAAGACAAUUUUGCAUGUUCCAUCAGAAAGUACUGUCAUUCACGAAGUCAGUAGGUGGAGAAAUUGCCCUAUUCUGUUUCCAAUUGGGGAAAAAAAUGUGCAAUUGGGGCGCCUAAGCGGUUUGCAAUUUCAGCAAGAGUACGUCUGGGCUUUCAUAUCUACGGGUGAUCUCAUAAGAUGGAGACGACCUCCAGGAGCUGCAACUAAAGUCUGA